GUAGAGGCCUAUCACGAAGAAGCAACCACCACAGGCUCUUCCUCUUCCGACCUCCUCACAUCCCAGAGACCCGGACACCACCACAUCACCGCCCAAGCAGCGGCGACGGCAGCACAAGAUGAACCAGCUCUCUCUCCUCCACCGCGCCCUCCACCUACCUCGCCUCUCUCCCAGACGCCGCCAUGGCCUCGCCGCCGCCGCAGUCCGAGCUCGCCUCUCCUCCCAUGAACCCACCCCACAGCAGCAAGCAGCGCGCCUGGCCAUAGCACCUCAAGAGAGCAUCGAGGCAGCCGUGUCAGCCACUAAUGAGAGCAAGCCGCGGCAAGAGCCCGCGGCAGGCGGCGGCAGGACGUGCGCGCUGCCGACGUGGGCGCUCAUCGGCGGCAUCACGGCGGGCGUGGGCGUGGCGCUGGCCCUGUCGGCCGGGGCUGGGCCGGCGCUGGCGCUGGGUCCCGAGGGCCCGCUGGUGGAGGAGUUCUGGGACAACAUGCGGCGGUACGCGCUGUACGCGUUGACGGUGAGCACGGGGGUGGCGUACACGGUGCUGCAGCCGAUCGUGGAGCUGCUCAAGAACCCCGUGACGGCGCUGCUCAUCGUGGUGGUCAUCGCCGGCAGCGGGUUCCUCGUCUCGCAGGUGCUCAACGCCAUGGUCGGCAACUCCGACUUCAUCUACAGGUACGAGUAGCGGGAAGCAGCAAGCGUGUGGCGCGCAGCGCCUCCGUGCCGGCGGAUGGAUCGGAUAGAUGCGCGCGUGACGUGUCAGUGAAUCAGUGGCACAGGUAGUUCAAGCUCGCGAGCUAGCACUCGAGACUCGACCGUGUGUAACCGGGAACGCCUCUUCUUCGGCUCUUCCACUUCCCCUUUUAGCUAGAAACAGGGGUGCUAUUGAAGUUGUUUCAUGUUUGCCUCGUUACGGUUGUAUUUUUUCAGUCUGUCAGCCUGUUACUAGUAUUACUUGGAGCAACUUGGCAACUUGCGUUUGGUACUUGGCUCCGAUUUGCUCGUCGCGUUAUAAUGUUAACGUACGCGUUGUUCA